AUCAUGGAUUUUGAUUUCAAAGAACUUUCAAAUGAUUCGGACAUUGUUGAUCGAUUAAGAGAGUUUAUUGUAUCUGUCGAUGAAAUACAAGAAAUUCUUAAAUUCAUAGAAAAUCCAGAAUUUUAUCAACAACUUUCAAAUAUGGAAAAAAUUAAAUUUAAUCUACUUAUGUCAUUUAGUAUGAAUAGUUUAUUUUGGAUGUAUCUGAGAGCAGAAGGAAUCGACCCGAUGAACCAUCAAAUUAAAGCAGAAAAUGAACGUUUAAAGGAAUCUAUGGCUAGGGCUAAGCAAAUUCAUGAUAGAAAUACAAAAAUGCCAAGAAUUAAUAAAGAUGUUGCUAAAAGAUUUAUAAAACACGAAUUAUGGGAUCCAAAAUCAAAAUCAGAAAAUUUAGUUGAAAAUAUUAAAGAAGCGAAAGACAAUUGACACGAGUUAUGGAUAAAUGUUUACAUU